UUUUUUUUUUGGCUGCCCCUGCACGUUGGGCAGAUGAUUGUAAAGAACCAUCAAGCAUGACACCAAGAUGGCUUUUCUGAGUGAUAGCUGCUGGAUGUGAAUUCAGCAGCACAUACAGCUGAUUUAGGUUAUUUUCACCCUAAAUGUGUUGCCUUGUGUUUAUUGAUGUAGAAGCUCAUCUGCCAAGUUUUUCUGAGCUCUUUCUGGCUUGCUUUGCCUUCUAGAGGAAUUUAGUAUUGCUUCACUGCUUCUUUCUCCAGAUUAUGGUGAAGAUACUGAAUAGAAUUGGCCCAGUCCUUGUCUGAAAAAUUGUCAUUAUGCUGCGCUCUUUCCUUCCUGCCUGCGCAGCCAUCACUUUUGUAUCCUGUAACCUUUCAGCAAACUCCUCAAAUGACUUUUCCUCCAAACUUGUGACUUUGUUUUUUCCACCACCUUAGAUGUGGAACCUCAUCAAAAGCUUUCUGAAAGUCUCCAUGUACUCGGGCCACUGCAUCUUGUUUAUCCAUUAAACCUCACAAACAAGGGGAGUUGUGUUAUCAAGAUUUUGUGACAAAUCCAGAGAAAUUCUUAUUUCCUUGAACCACAGCCACAGAGAUUUAGUGGAAGAAUCCCAGCAUCAUGGGAUCUAGUUGCUGACUUUCAUCAGUGGACAAUCUACCUGUAGUAUAUUUGAAAACUGGUUGUAAUUUCAAGUGGUGUUACUGCAUAGAAGAUUGGAAUCCAAGAAGUAAGCAAGUCCAGAACAUAAAAUAAUUCCUAAAGCCAGUGGCUGCCACUGUCCAUUUUAAUUCAGCUACUGAGCCUUGCAAGAGUGAAUCCUGCCUGUGUAUUUCUGUGUUUUCACUUGGUUUGGGACAUUCAGAAGAUAAGCUGCUCCUGCUGCUUAGAUACAGAUUUCAUUUGGUUAUUGUUCUUGCCACAUCAGCAAGUUACAUGAGGCAAAGAAGGAAAUGGAAUUAACAUUUUUUACUUUAAGUGCUUGUUGUGAAACAGAAGGUCAAGUCACCAAGUAUGGAAAUAAAACCGCAACCAAAGGAAGAAGAAAAAAACUGUGUAGCACAAGUGCUGGUCAUCCUUUCCUCUUUUCCAGUCAGAGAAGUUCAUUGUUUUCAGUGCAUAGGCUUCGUUGUUGGAAAAAACAGGAACUUCUAUUUCGUUGUGAACAGAUUUGUGCAUCACAAACUGCCCACUUAGGCGGCUGUGAUUGCUGAGGGCUGCUCUGCCGUGACAGCUAACUGUGUAUUAAUCUGUAACCAGAGGAAUUUUGUUCCUGGAACAGCUUUGUUGAUGGCUCAGGUGCACCGCAGUCUGCUAGAAGGGUUCGGUUGAUUAGUUUAAUAAUGCUGGUGAUCUCUGAAUUCAAAAGUACGUGGAUUUUAAGCCUUUGCCACAGUUUUACUGUCUGAUAUGUCAAUGUUUCCUUGUCCGCAGUUUCAGUGCAGACAUCAAUUGCAGAAAAAGUAUUUUUGGAAGAGAGACAUUUGAGCACUUGUGAAGCUAUUGAUCGACUGGAGCUUUGCUCGGAGCAGGGCAGGUCUGAAUGUAGGAUAAAGUCUCUCUGGACCAUGCCGGCAGCAUGUUCCAGAAACGAGUGAGUGAGGUGUGGUGGUUGGGCGGUGCUAAGGCUAGAGAGCUGCCAAGGGAGGGUCACCUCUGGGGGCUAAGGAGUCCGUACUGCAGAGCCCCAUUACACCUGCAGAAGGUCUCGUCUGAGCCACUCAAGUCCGUCUUCGGUCCGUCCAGCAGCUGCAAGCUCCCCAGCCUUGCCCAUGCUGACAUCGGCCGCGCCCGCCCGCCGUGGGGCGGAUCCCCCGCCGGGACUGAAGCGGGGCCGGGGCCGCCCCCGCCUCACUCGGCGGCGGGAUGGGGCCGCGCUGGGCGCUGGUGGUCGCUCUCCUGCAGGCUGCGGGCUGCCGGGAACCACAAUUUGCACAAUGCAAAGAUCUCAUCACUGAAUUUUAUGAUGAAAGACUUAAUAAAUGUUGCAGCCGGUGCCCUCCAGGUGAAUAUAGGACAGAAAGCUGCAGUCACAGAGUGGACACAAAGUGCAGUCCCUGUAGACCCAAUACCUACACGGCAGUCUGGAAUCAGUCUCCUCAGUGCUUUGCCUGCUCACCACCCUGCAGGAAAGGAUUUGUGCAGACUCAAGCAUGCACUAAGUCACGGGACAGAAUCUGUAGCUGCCCACGCAAUGAGUACUGCACCUUGAAAAUAUCUGAGAAUUGCAAACUAUGUCAAGUGCACAGCAAAUGUGGAAAAGGCUACCGAGUUUCCAGGAGAGGGACAGAUAGCACAGAUACAGAGUGUGAGCCUUGUCCUCCUGGCACCUUUUCACACCACGAAUCCUACGAUACCAGCUGUGUACCACACACCACUUGUAACUCAGUUGCUGUUCCUGGAAGCAGCAUCAGUGACGCCGUUUGCAGCGACUCAGGAACAGCAGCUGCCACGCCUUUACCUCCUGCUAUUUUGAGCCGGCUGCUGAACCAAAGCUCAGCUUCCAAACAGCCUGAAAUAAUAACUCGAUCUGUCAUUUUAAAUUCUGUACCUGAGGUGUCUCGCAUCAUUGGAUCAGCAGCAGGACCACUGUUAUUGGUGUUGAUAAUUGCUGGUUUGGGAUUCUGCUUAGUCUCUAGAAAGAAAGCCCCUGUAUGCUCCCCCCCAACUACAGAAGCGGAUUUGUCUUCUUCCCCUGCAGAAAAAGAACGUGACAAGGAAGUAAGAAAUACAGGAUUGCAAAACUCCAGCAGUUCUGCACGGGAGGAACAGCAUCUCUUGGAGACUUCUGCCUCCAUCAGUAGCUCCCUGAAUAAUUCAGCUGGAUCUGCAAGAGUCACUGUAGUAAGCAAUGGAAAGAAAGCAACAGAAGGAUUCCAGCAGCAACAUUCAACUGCAGACCAUUGUAAGCUUCACAGUGGAGACAGACACAGCUCUGCAAGUUCAGAACAUUCUGGUAACAGAGGAACGCAGGUGAAUGUGACUUGUAUUGUUAAUGUGUGCAGUCCAGACUGCAGUUCCCAGUUCCCAGAACAGCCUAGUUCAGCUAGCAUGGAUUGUGGAAACAUUCCCUAUCGCUCCCCAACAGGGGAAGAGAUUCCCCUUUCAAAAGAAGAAAACCUCUUGAAAAAUGAAACUGAAAUUCCGAUCUCAGUGGAAAAUAAGGACAAUGUACUUCAAGACUUGCUUCCAGCAGAAAAGAAGGUUCCUCAGGGUAUUCAAGAUGUGAAGAUGAAAACCAGUUAAAGGCAGUUGCAGAUUGUAAGAUCAUACACUGAUUGACGGAUAUAAUGGAACAACUCCUCACCUGCUGAAAUAAACACUCUGUUAAAUGCAGCGUUUGGGCAGGGACUUGAACUUUCACAUGAAAUUGGAAACUGAUACUUGGAGGGGUUUAAUUUCUUUUGUCAGCUUUGACCUCAAGAACCAUCUUUGCAGUCUAAAAGAAUUGGACUCCUUGUGCCUUUAAACUGAAUGGUCAGCUACUCUUUUUCCUCUCUGAUAGCCGAGGAGACUUGGAGCAGAUUUGAAAAGGACUGUAUUUCUAACCCUAUGUCUAUACUUCUGAGUCUUCUGGUCUUGCUUGUGCUUGUCCUUGGGCCAAACGUCUCAAAUCAACCAUAUGCACAUCAAAGAGUUAAAUCUUUGACAGGAGCCUUUUUAAUUAGAUUAUAACUAUUGUUUCUGAAGAAUAGCAUUUCAUUACAUGUGCACAGUUCAUUUCAUUUUAGAGAAGAAAAUCUAGAUUAAAUAGUUAUCUUGAAGUAGGAAGUAAGUACCUUUCACUGACAGCUCUAAAGUUUGUCAUCUUCGUGUCCCAAUUUGAUAUGCUUGAUUCUGAUCUGAUUUUUGAGGUUAACCAUAGACCUCUUGUCACAGUGAGUAUUCCAUGUGAAUAUGCUAUGUCACAUAGCUCAUGCCCAUUAACCUCAGGAAGGGACUCUCUUGACGUCUUAACCUCUUAAAAGUGGAAUUGACUCAGACCUCAGAACCAGAAAAUCCUGUUCCACUUUGCCUCUUGCUUGACACUAAAGAUUCAACCACAUCUUACAGAAAAUUAGCAGAGGUUCUUCUUGAACCAAGUGGGAGUCUUUUGGGUUUGGAAGGCAAUUCUUCAGCUCCCAUUUCCCCUAAUUAUAUUUAUCUUGUGUGACUGAACUGACAAUUGUGGCAUCUGUAUCCAGCCAGAAUUUGCCAGGUGGUGCCUGAAUUACAUUUGAAGUCAUACAAGCCUAACGUCUUUCUACACCACAAAACCAUCCUGAUGCACUAGGUGGUGACUGUUUCCAAAGACUCUAUUCUACUCUACCUCAAGAAAAAACUAAAUGCAGCAAUUAUUCCUGAGGCUUUAGACUGAAAAAGGCCAUUUGGGAAUAGUGUUUAUUCUACAGCCACAGAAGAGAUGUAGAUUUUAAACUCCCACAAAAGCCAUGAGGUUUACUGCCUGACACCUGGAAAACAGCUCCUUAAUUCUACUGUGAAGAAAUGUUUUACAACUGUGUAUCAAACAUGGUUUUAAAAGUAGCUUUCAGAAAGGACUUUGGGCAUGCAGAAACUGUUACCAAACCGAAGUGUUUAGGCAGGAAAAGAACAUCAUUUUAUAUAGUGCUUUGAACUCUUGCACUGUACUGAGUGUUUGGAUGUCGUUUGCCAGCUCCCAGCACUGGAACUGCUCUGAUGAAGCAGGAGAUUUCUGAAGUUUUGUAAGUGUUAAAAAGGAGGCGCCUGCUACAGCUUUUCAAGUUAUCGAGAUGUGGAGAUGCAUGACAAAGAAAACCCAAGUUCUGUGCUCAGAUAGGAAAAACGUGCUUGCAUUUGCUUAUGCAGAGUAAAACUAGAGCCAGCGGGUUUGAAAUUACGUUUAUCUUCAACUUCCCUGAGCUCUUCAUUAAACAACACUGGUAUUUCUAAAA